AAGUGAAAGAACUAAUGCAUUGAGAUGCAACAUUACCGCAACCCACAUGUGAGGUAAUAACGAGAUGUUCUUUGAUAAACAUGAAUUCGUGCCCAAGUUACCACGGUCUGAUUACUACAGCAUACGAACAAAGGAUCUAUUGUUAGUAAUCUCUAGUAUCUAUUCGGAAUUAGACAAAAAAGGCGAAUUACCCACUAAACAAGGAAACAGUUUAUUAUUCAGCCUUACCAAGGCUUACAACAAUAAAAAGUAAAUUACAUUAUUUAGAACAAUAUUGCGAAUAAUUUGUCAUAAUGAUUAGUGCAAAAGGUGGAAGGCCGCCUCCCCCUGUUCCACCACGACCAAGUAAACAAGUGGUUGCUGAAGCUUUAGCUAAAAAUAGACCACCUAAACCUAUCAGUCAUGUUUCUAAAUUAAUUGAUCGUACAGAAAAAUCAUUCGGAAACUACGUCAACCAUCAAGUUAUUAAAAAACGAGAAGAUCUAUUAAAUGCCAAAAAUGCCACCAACAACAAGAACCCUGGACUUGUGGCUUGGGGUGGAACAGUCAUUUACAGGUCGCCUUCAUUUAUCAGAGACGAAGAAAAGAAAAAAUUAGAAGAUGCUGAAAGGCAAGAAAAAGGCACAAUAAAUAUCGAAAACAAGUCAUUAAAUGACGAACCUUCGAAAAUUUGUAAUAUUGAUGCAAGUAAGUUACCGAAGCCAAAAGCCGGAAGUCCAACUUCAAAGUUGGAUAAUAUAAGACGUUUCGAUAGCAUAAACAAUAGUUUUGAGAAAACUGAGGAUGACAUCGUUAAAAAUAAUAUGAAUAAUAUGAAUAAUAUUGUUAAGUGUCCAAGUGUUAAGGAUAUUAUAAAAAGUCUUCAUGAAGAAAAAGUAGAGAAUAAUAGCAAAAUAAAGAAUAAUUCAUAUACAGGUGUUGCACCAGACCAAACUUUUAUCAAGGGAAAUGAAGUGAAUUCUAUACGAAUAAAUAAUAUUCAAAAAGAAAUUAAUAUUAAUUCUGUAAAUUGUGAUAAUUAUGACCUUAAGCCAAAAGUAAUGAAUGAAUCCUCCACCAAUUUUAAAGCUUCAACUAAUUUGCAAGAUUUCUUUAAAAGUAAUGCUGACAGUUCAGUAUCAGAAACCUCAUUAAAUAUGAGUAAUGGCAAUCUUGAUCAUUACAAAGAAAUAGUUGAAACAAAAAGUUUGAGUGAGCCUGAAAUAAUUAUAUCUAAUAAUGCUUUGAAUAAUGCAGAGCCUAAUAAUAAAGAUAUACAAGUUAAAAGUAGUGUAACAAAAGUUGCCAUAGCACCCUCUUCAGAUACACAAAUUUCUAUUCCACCAGUGGAAGAAACACGUGUUGUCAUAGGAAGUGGCUCUACGACUUCCGCGACUCGUAUUUUAGCAAAUGGAGUUCCUACAACAACCACGACUAUCGAGAUCCGAGGUGGCGAAUCCACGACUUCCUCUAUAAUUAGCAACACUAUUAGUAAUUCAGUGCAAAUUACAUUGUGUAGUACUGAAUCUUCUAGAAGUUUUGGAGAUGCUUCUUUGUCAGUUCGACCUGAACCAGAAGGCGGCGAAACUGAGAAGCUCGAUAUUGAGAAACCUAGAACUGCUUCUCCGCCAUCUGUGAAAAAGUCUGCUAUUACUUUUAGCGAUAUUGCUAAUCAUGAAUUACUGAUAUCAGAACUCCAAGAUAUGAGACAAGAACACAGGAUACGGAAAAGGCAACGGCAACCUGAUCAGGAAGAUUUAGCUUCUAAAACGCGUUUAGAUAGUUCUGUUGAUCAAAAAUCUGAAGCAUCAUUUGACGAUCAAGAUUUGGAUUCUAUAAGUACAUCCGAUUGGACGGAAGUGUCGAACGACGGUGCAGAAGUGGUUUAUUCUAGUUGUCGUAUAAAUUUAGACAGUAGUGACACUGAUGUAGUUAAUUCUCGUGAGAGACGUGAUAGUGGUAACUCGUCAUCUAAUAGUGAGUCUCCAUCGCUUUGCAGAAUGUCUGCUUCAUUACCGCCGGGGCUACCACCCCUGCCGAAGAGCCUGAGCGGCUUCGAGCUUCGAUCCAGCGGUGCUGGUCCUCAGUCUCAAGGACGACCACCGCCGCCUGAACCACCGCGCACUGGCAGACCGCAGGCGACACUCGACACGCAGUUGGCGGUGCUCAGAAGAGAAAUGUUUGGACUUCGUCAACUGGACCUGUCCCUUCUUUCUCAAUUGUGGGCACUAAACGAGUCUAUUCAAGACUUCCGGCAGAUGCUCCAAGACCAGGAGCAAGAGCAAGAUGACGACUGUGGUCCACUAUCGCCUCCUUCACCAGGAUCAGCAACGCCUCCGUCCAGCAGUGAAGAAUUGGUCACCGCGGACUCCAACGAUGACACUUCCCAUAGAGGAUUGAUCAACAGCAAUAGCGGUUCAAGAACUUCGGUAUCGAAUCAUAGAGAUUCGGUUAAUAUAGGUGCUCCGGUUCCACAGAGGCCUCCAGUGGUGCCACCACCGCCCAGGCCGAGACCAGCAGCCAGGACGAGACCUGCACCACCACCUCCGCCCCCAGCUAGGAGAGGUCCAGGGAAAACUAGCGCUGUUUGACGACUGCCUAAUAACGACAGACGAGUGUAAGAGGAUUGAUUUUUCAUUAAUUCUGAUGAAUAAUAAACAUAAUUUCUUCACCAUAAAUAAAUAUCAUAAAUUUGAUACGGUGCCAACUAUAAAACAACCCGCACUGUUAAUAACUAAUUUGAAUAUAUUUCUUCAAUCAGUAUACCAUAUAA